UCGUACUCGGUGAAUCACUUCAUCGUCUGUUAAACCCUAAAUUCAAGCUUGGUUGCAUUGGCGUUUUGAAGAAAACUAGCGGGAAAAUUCUUCAUCCUUUGAAGCUUGAUAGCUUUAUUUUCUAUUACAGAGAUUGAACCAAUCAAAUUCGAAAACGAAAGAGAUAUAUGGGGAGAAGAACAGGAGGCCGAAGUUUCAACGCCGCCAUUCUCCUCCGCCGUGUGGAAUCAUGCAAAAAGACUUACUCAACGAUCGAUCAAGUUGUCCGUGAUCUCCGUUCAAUUUAUCCUGAUUAUUCACGGCUACCGGAGGCAUCUUUCAGAAAAUUCGUACACGAUAAUCUAGAUUCUUCUCGCCUAAGAUUGAAUAACAGUUCAACCUCGAAAGCCGCCAUUGCGGCUUCAGCUUCACCGAAAACGAAUCAAAGGAGAAGAAUUGACGGUGACGAAGAGAGAUUACACCGGUUGGAGAAUCAGCAUGUUAAACGAAGGAGAAUGAGUGAUACAUCAUUGUCUGCGUCGAGUUCGGAGUCCAAUUCGGAGUCAGAUGAUGAGGAUGAAGAAGAUGGGGCGGUUUCAACUUCGGAAGAAGCUAUUUUUGGAGAGAAAGUUGAGCCAGAGUUUGAUUUAAUGAAGGCUAUGUUACGACAUACAUACUCAAGUAAUUCGAAGUCAAAGAAUGAAGAGAAGAUUGUAGAGAUUGAAGAUAGUGACAGGAAGGUUGAGCUAAUUGAUCUAAGUAAGAAAGGGUUAGAGGCUGAGAUGAAGAAAGGAGUGGGUUCGGGUAGUGGGGCUGUGAAGGAGAAAGAGGGGCCAAGGUUUAGGGACUUGGGAGGGAUGGAGAGUGUGCUGGAGGAGUUGAAGAUGGAGGUGAUCGUACCCUUGUAUCAUCCACAGCUGCCGCGGUGGCUGGGAGUGAGGCCAAUGGCAGGGAUUUUGUUGCACGGUCCACCUGGAUGUGGAAAGACCAAGUUGGCUCAUGCAAUUGCCAAUGAAACUGGUGUUCCUUUUUAUAAGAUUUCGGCUACUGAAGUUGUGUCUGGUGUAUCUGGUGCUUCUGAAGAAAAUAUCCGAGAGCUUUUCUCUAAGGCAUACAGGACUGCACCAUCAAUUGUAUUUAUUGAUGAGAUUGAUGCAAUUGCUUCAAAAAGAGAGAAUCUGCAGAGGGAGAUGGAGAGACGGAUUGUGACUCAACUAAUGACUUGCAUGGAUGAAUCUCAUAGACUUGUACAACCAAGUGAUGAGAAUUCUAACUCAGAUAAGUCUGAUUCAAGACCUGGUUAUGUUCUUGUAAUUGGAGCUACUAACAGACCAGAUGCUGUUGAUCCUGCCCUAAGGAGGCCUGGAAGAUUUGAUCGUGAGAUUGUUCUAGGUGUUCCAGAUGAAACUGCAAGGAUACAGAUACUUUCUGUGCUUACCCGAAAUCUAAGAUUAGAGGGUUCUUUUGAUCUUGUAAAAAUAGCCAGGUCUACCCCAGGGUUUGUCGGAGCUGAUCUGGCUGCCCUUGCCAACAAGGCUGGAAACCUUGCCAUGAAAAGAAUCAUAGACCAAAGAAAGUCUGAGCUCUCUAAGGAUUCUAUAUCUGAGGAACAUACUGAUGAGUGGUGGAGGCAACCAUGGUUGCCUGAAGAGAUGGAGAGACUUACAAUAACCAUGUCUGAUUUUGAGGAAGCAACUAAAAUGGUUCAACCCUCAUCAAGAAGAGAAGGAUUCUCUAGUAUCCCGAAUGUUAAAUGGGAAGAUGUGGGUGGGCUUGAUUUCUUAAGGCAUGAGUUUGACCGCUACAUAGUUAGGCGUGUAAAAUAUCCUGAGGAGUAUGAGGGAUUCGGAGUUGAUCUAGAGACAGGAUUUCUGCUUUAUGGGCCACCAGGUUGCGGUAAAACACUUAUUGCCAAGGCUGUGGCUAAUGAGGCCGGAGCUAAUUUCAUUCACAUUAAGGGCCCUGAGCUCCUCAACAAAUAUGUUGGAGAAAGUGAGUUGGCAGUUCGUACAUUAUUCAGCCGUGCAAGAACUUGUUCACCAUGCGUACUUUUCUUUGAUGAGGUGGAUGCUCUGACAACAAAGCGAGGGAAAGAAGGGGGUUGGGUGGUUGAGCGACUUUUGAAUCAGUUACUUAUAGAGUUAGAUGGAGCAGAGACGCGGCGGGGUGUUUUUGUCAUUGGUGCCACCAAUAGGCCUGAUGUCAUGGAUCAUGCAGUCUUAAGGCCUGGUAGGUUUGGUAAACUUCUCUUCGUCCCUCUGCCCAGCCCAGAUGAGCGUGCAUUGAUCUUAAAAGCUCUUGCAAGGAAGAAGCCUAUAGAUGCCAGUGUGGAUUUGUCUGCCAUUGCACAUACGAAGGCCUGUGAAAAUUUAAGUGGAGCUGAUCUAGCUGCACUGAUGAAUGAAGCUGCAAUGGCUGCAUUGGAAGAGAAAGUAACAACUAGCAGUGGCUCCUCGGAUCUGACUCCAUUCACAAUCAAGAUGACUCAUUUUGAACAAGCGCUAGGUAAAAUCAAACCAUCUGUCUCUGACCAGCAAAUACAGAGAUACCAGAUUUUAUCAGGGAGCUUAAAAGCAGCAUGAAAAGAAAGUUAAUGAUAUCUCCAGAUGAACAAAUUCUUCUCAAUGACUGAAUCGCCCAACAUAUAAGUCAUGGAUAUUACGAUGCUCCUAUAGAAUAUGUUGCUAUGGUAUGUUUUUGUGUUUUAUGAUUGACUGAAUUGCGGGACAAAGAAGCCAUCAAUGAGAAAGAAACUCAAAUACUUCAUCUUCAUGGGAAAAGUUUUUUCAGAAGCUUAGGUUCAGGUUUUUUGUUUGUUUUGGCUUAUUUUUUAGUCCUUGGAGAGAGUUUGGAUUGACAGAAGCAGAGAUCAUGUAACUAGCCAUUUUUACUAAGUUAAUGGAUACAAGUAGUACAUUUUCAUAGUCUUAA